AUGUACAAACAGUCAUUUGGUCACAGCUUGAUUGUUAUUGAUUUUGAAUAUAUAUAUACUUCAAAAGGAAAUUCAUUGUUUGUUAAUUGGGAUCAAUUUAUUAUUAAGAUCAUUCCGUUAAUGAUAAAUAAAAUAAAGGAUGGAAACAGCAAAUUAUUACUUAAACGUUUAAUAGAAAUAAACGAAACUGAUAUUGAAACCAGAAAUCUUUUAGUUUUAGAUCUAAUGAAUGCUUUAUUAGUUCCAACUUCCAGAUCCUAUGAAAUAGAUUCAGUUACAAAUAAGAGACGCAUUGUAAAAACAUCUAUUUCUGAUGCUAGAAAUUCGUUUUUAUUAAAAGUGGCUUCAAUGAAUGAUCUACAUGUUCAAAUUCAAUUAAAAAUUGAUAUCGCUUACAAAAAAAAAGAAAAAAUACAACCAUUCAUCUGUGUUGCUGAAACUAAUUUUGAUGAUAUCUUUAUUGAACUUCAUCAAUUCAUUGCACAUUUGAAGUAUGUUCAUUCAUUAACAUCAUCAAGUUUUUACCGUUGUGGCAUACCACAUUGUUCACAGACUUUCUCAACUUAUCGUUCAUUUUCUAAACACAUGAAAUCUGAAGUUCUUAAUAAUCAAAAUUCUAAUUGUAACAAUCCAAUAUGGUUAUUCUUGAUAAAUUUUAUUGAAAUGAUUGAUUUAUUGUUAUUGUCAAAUUUUAAUGAUCAAAUUAUUUUAAAUGUACAAAAUCAUAUCACAUAUCACAAUAAUAAAUAUGUAGAAUUAUUUCAAGACAAAUUAAAACCUAAACAUCAUUUUCUUAUCCACUACUGUAAUAUAAUAAGAAAAUCAGGCCCCUUAAAAUUUUUAUGGUGUUAUCGGUUUGAAUCUAAACAUAGACAACUUAAAGCAUACUCUAAAAACAUAACUUCAAGAGUUCAACUUCCUAUAUCUUUGGCUAUAAAAUACUCCAUUCAUUUUUCAGAUUAUAAUUUAAAUUUAAAAAAUAGUUCUUGUAUCUCGGCAAACUUAGGCUUACCACUAAAUUAUGUGAAUAUUUUGAAAAGAUUAAAAUUUUAUUUUCUCCCAAUGAUUUAUCUGUACUUAAUUUGGCACAUUGUUAUGACCAAAUAAUAUACAACAAUAUAGUUUAUAAAACCAGUCAUAUACUAACAUCUUUAAAUAACAAUCAUUUAUUGGUAUAUAAAUUGAAAAAAAUUAUUUGUUUUGAUGAGAAAGUUCUUUUUUUAUGUAUAACAUUAAAUGUACUAUCUUAUAAUAAACAUUUUGUAAGCUAUGUUGUUUCGAAUGUUGAUACUGAUAAUCUCUAUGUAUUAAAAGAUAUUAAUGAUUUCUCAGGUCCACCAAUUUGUUUAUAUCAUCUUAAUGAUAAAAAAACAGUUAUAAGAUUAAAACAUUUUUAAAGAUUUAUGGAUUUUGUAUUUUAAUAUAUAUAUAUAUACUUAUAUAUGUUUAUUAUUAUUUUUAAUUAUAUUUGAUGUUUUAAUAUAAUGUUAAUUUGAUAGAAACUAAUGGAAUA